GAGAGGGGGCGGGAGGGAGAUGGAGGAGGGUCGGGUGAUGAGUUGGGGGAUGUUUAGGGCGAUUCUCUCGAUUCUGCAGUGGUGGGGGUUCAACGUCACCGUCAUCAUCAUGAACAAGUGGAUCUUCCAGAAACUGGACUUCAAGUUUCCUUUGACUGUGUCGUGUGUGCAUUUCAUAUGCUCUUCCAUUGGAGCUUAUGGCGCCAUCAAAGUGCUCAAGUUAAAGCCGCUGAUUGAGGUCGACGCUGAGGACCGCUGGAGAAGGAUAUUCCCAAUGUCAUUUGUGUUCUGUAUCAACAUUGUGUUAGGAAACGUGAGCUUGCGUUACAUUCCAGUCUCUUUCAUGCAGACAAUUAAAUCGUUCACUCCUGCAACAACAGUCUUUUUGCAGUGGCUAGUAUGGAGAAAGCACUUUGAUUGGCGAAUAUGGACUUCUUUGAUACCCAUUGUGGGGGGAAUUCUUCUAACAUCUAUGACAGAACUUAGUUUCAAUGUUUUUGGAUUUUGUGCCGCCUUAUUUGGUUGCCUUGCUACAUCUACAAAGACCAUACUCGCAGAGUCCCUACUUCAUGGUUAUAAAUUCGACAGCAUCAAUACAGUGUACUACAUGGCUCCCUUUGCGACGAUGAUAUUAGCCUUACCGGCCACUUUACUCGAAGGCGGUGGAGUCAUCAACUGGUUCUACACACAUGAAUCCAUCUUUUCGUCGCUGAUCAUCAUCUUCAGCUCAGGGGUGUUGGCCUUCUGUCUCAACUUCUCCAUUUUUUAUGUCAUUCAUUCCACAACUGCUGUAACUUUUAACGUCGCGGGCAACCUCAAAGUCGCAGUUGCGGUACUAGUCUCAUGGCUUAUAUUCCGCAACCCAAUCUCUGCGAUGAAUGCGAUCGGGUGUGCAAUCACACUUAUGGGGUGCACCUUCUACGGCUACGUGCGGCACAUUCUCUCCCAGCAACCUUCCGCUGUCCCCGGAACUCCUCGAACCCCCCGAACUCCUCGAACACCGCGAAGUCGAAUGGAGUUGCUCCCUCUUGUAAGCGACAAACAGCAAGACAAGGUCUAGCAACAACUACUCUAUACUUAAAACUCUCACAAUAAAAUUCUAGCCCACAAAGAAGAUCCGAGUUUGAAUUGAGGUUCGCAUUACUUAACAGAAUCCUAGAAUCCUAUACCGCAUUUCCCAGUAAUUACUACCAGCUCAUUAGGUAUACAAAUUCGAAAGAUACCAAUACUACAGCAAGAAUCGUUAUUGAUAGAACAGAUGCAUUGAAUUCAUCAUCCGACAUUCACAUUUACAUAAAUUUCUGAUCUGUCAAUAACAAUUUAUGCUAUAUUAGAUGGCUUGUUUUUUCCACCCUUUUUUUUUAUCAUGAUUAUAUCUUUAAAUGUCAUAUUUAAUAGGGACACUAAGAUGAGCAUUCUCAUUUCUUUUGUACUACGAUCUCAUAUGUCACGAAAGAUAAUAGCUAUCAACUAUUGAUUUCC